AUGGGUGUUCCUGAUAUAUGCGAUGAUAAUGAUAUGAUGUGUCCUCAUCAUCGUUAUUCAUGUGGGGUAUUCUGGCGACCAUCUUCCUUAUAUCAAUCACCUUAUCAUAAUCAUACAAAACCAAAGGGUAAUCUUUCAGCAUCAUCAUCUGCUUCAUUACUGAAAGAAAAACUUAAUGAUACGUAUUUAAGUGAUAGACGUGAAAAUAGUGAAGAACAACAUGUAUCUUUAGCACUUCAAAUGACAACGUCAAUUCAACCAACAUCGAUGAAAUCAACAUCGGCUAAAUUCAAAGGAAUCUAA